CACCCCAAAAAUUGUCAAAAUUAUUGUCAUUUUGAUUUUUUCAAUGUCAAAAUUAUCGUUAAUUAUACAAAAAAAUCGUAAUGAUCGAAGGUAUGUCUCUUCAAGUUCCAACGAUCAAACUCAAAAAUGGUGAAACUUUGCCGGCGCUUGGUUUAGGGACUUGGAAGUCAAAACCUAAAGAUGUAGGUCAGGCCAUAAAAGACGCCAUUGAUAUCGGCUACCGACUUUUCGAUUGUGCUUACAUUUACAAAAACGAGAAAGAAAUUGGUGAGGCAAUUCGGGAAAAAAUUAAAGAAGGAGUGAUUCAGCGUGACAGUAUUUACAUUGUGAAUAAAUUAUGGUCGACUUAUCAUCGCCCGGAUUUGGUAGAACCGGCCCUUGACAAGUCUUUGGCUAACAUGGGACUUAAUUACAUCGAUUUGUACCUCAUACACUGGCCCAUGGGUUUAAAGGAAGAUGGAAGUGAAUAUCCAAUCAACAAAGACGCCAAAUUAAUAUUCAGCAAUGUCGACUAUGUCGACACUUGGAAAGCCAUGGAACAUUUGUGUAAAAAAGGAAAAGUGAAAUCAAUCGGUCUUUCCAAUUUUAACAGAAAACAGGUUGAACGUGUUAUCAAAUACGCAAAAAUUUUUCCGGUCAUAAUUGAAUGUCACCCCUACUUGACUCAAAUACGAAUGUCGGAAUUUUUACAAUCUAAAGGUAUAAUUUUAAUGGCGUAUAGUCCAUUGGGUUCCAGAGACAGACCCUGGGCUAAACCUGGAGAUAAAGUACUUUUGAAUGAGCCAAAAAUGCACAAAAUUGCCGUCAAAUAUAACAAAACUGUAGCUCAGAUUUUACUAAGAUAUCAUAUUCAAAGAGGACAUGUGGUGAUUCCUAAAUCGAUCAAUAAGACGCGACUUCAGGAAAAUUUCAACAUCUUUGAUUUUGAAUUAUCAAACGAGGAAAUUAAGGCGAUUAACACACUUGACUGUAAUGUCCGGUUUUGUCCCUAUAAAGAAGCUUCUGAACAUACCUAUUAUCCGUUCAAAAGAAGUGACGAGUGAAGAAAAACUGUUUCAGUUGACAUUUUUUUUAUUUCUUUUUGCGUUUUAUAUACAAUGAGUUAUGAUACAAAUAAUUAAAAAUUAGCAACGUACGAAAUCAUUCAUCACAUUCUGGUAUUGUUGGCGGUAUAGAAAACGGUGGCGGUGGUGGAA